GGCUCGGCAGCGUGUGUAUGGGUGAUUGAGUGGGCAGUGGGACAGUGGACGUGUCGCCAUGGGGCUGGGCGCAGUGUGGGGUCGGGUGAAGAAUGUGUGCCAACAGAACGGACUCCUCAUCCUCUCCGUGCUGGCGGUGGUCAUCGGGUGCCUGCUGGGCUUCUUCCUGCGCUCCAAGCACCUCUCCAUACAGGAGGUGAAGUAUUUCCAGUUUCCGGGGGAGCUUCUGAUGAGGAUGCUGAAAAUGCUCAUUCUGCCUCUGGUCGUGUCAAGUCUGAUGUCCGGGCUGGCCGCCCUCGAUGCCAAGUGCUCCAGUCGACUGGGCAUCAUGACAAUCUCCUACUACCUGUGGACCACCUUUGUGGCGGUAGUGGUGGGCAUCGUCAUGGUGUCCAUCAUCCACCCCGGAGGCGCUGCCCAGAAGGAGGGCUCCGAGGACAGUGGCAAGCCCAUCGUGAGCUCAGCCGACGCCCUGCUUGACCUCAUCCGCAACAUGUUCCCAGCCAACCUGGUCCAAGCCACUUUCCAGCAGUAUCGCACUCAGAGCAUCCCUAUCAUGGCCCCCCGGCCUACAGUCACCCAGGACCUCACAGAGACCACCACCAGACGCCUCUUCAUCUACGGCAUUCAGGACGACAACAGUACCGACAUCCAGAACUUCUCCCUGGACCUCACCCCCCCGCCCGACGUCACUUUCCGAACCAAACCGGGCACCAGUGAGGGCAUGAACGUCCUGGGAAUCGUCAUUUUCUCUGCUACCAUGGGUAUCAUGCUUGGCCGGAUGGGACCCAAUGGCAGUGCCCUGGUCAACUUCUGUCAGAGUCUGAAUGAGGCUGUGCUGAAAAUUGUGGCCAUUGUCAUCUGGUAUUUCCCAUUUGGAAUCGUGUUCCUGGUUGCUGGCAAGAUCCUGGAGAUGGACGACCCUUCAGCCAUGGGGAAGAAGCUGGGCUUCUACGCCAUCACCGUGGUGAUGGGCCUGGUGCUGCACGGCCUCUUCAUCCUGCCCGCCAUGUACUUCUUCAUCACCAAAAAGAGCCCUAUAGUCUACAUCCGAGGCAUCCUGCAGGCCCUGCUCAUAUCUCUCGCCACCUCCUCCAGCUCUGCCACGCUGCCUAUCACCUUCAAGUGCCUCCUGGAGAACAACCACAUCGACCGGCGCAUCAUCCGCUUCGUGCUGCCCGUGGGCGCCACCAUCAACAUGGAUGGCACCGCGCUCUACGAGGCAGUGGCCGCCAUUUUCAUCGCCCAGGUCAACAACUACGAGCUGGACUUUGGCCAGAUCAUCACCAUUAGCAUCACUGCUACUGCCGCCAGUAUCGGAGCUGCUGGGAUUCCACAAGCUGGCCUUGUAACCAUGGUGAUUGUGCUGACAUCAGUUGGUCUGCCCACAGACGACAUCACUCUCAUCAUCGCUGUGGACUGGGCGUUAGACCGCUUCAGGACUAUGGUGAACGUGAUGGGGGACGCCCUGGCCACUGGCAUCAUGGCGCACAUCUGCAGAAAAGACUUCGUGAAGGAGGGGGAAGAGAUCCCUCUCAUCUGUGAAACCAAGCCCAUGAUCAGCAUCCAGCAGAUGAUGGCGUACCAGAAGAACGGCGGCUUCCAGCCCUCACCCAUGGGCCUCAUGAGGCAGUCGGAGCCAAACUUCCAGGACGUGGCGCGGAUCCGGCAGCUGGAGGAGGGCGUCCGGCCCAUCGAGAAGAAGAGGUCCUCACACCUUCACAGGCGGCCUGAGCCCAAGGACAAAGACCACUGCGCCAUAGACAUGAACGGGUUGGAGACCAACGUAUAGGCUCCCUCGCAGACCCACACAGACGUAAAACUAUACACCUUCCCUCAAGGUGGGGAGGAGAGACUAUGCCUGGAAUACACCUGACCUCCAAGGAAAAAUACUUUUUAGGUGUGGGGUUCAGCAAGACAAGCAGUCUUCUUUUUCAUUUAUGUUUGAGUUUGGGCUUUUUUUUCUUCAUUUUGACCUAUAUUGAUUACAACACCAGUGCAGUGUGCGGUCCAGUCUGUCUACGCACUGG